CGCAGCGAUCAGCAUUACUGCGUUAGCGGGCGAUUUGGAGCGCAGCUUCGGCUACAGCGGCUAAACACAGCGAAUAACGGCGGAAUAAAGCGGCGCGGGGAUGGAGGAGCGCGGGGUAUGACCGUAGAGGAGGCGCGGAUACAGAAUACAAGGAUAAAUUCACAUUUAUUAACGCAUUUCGUCUGUAAACAGAGAGCAUGCGUGAUCUGACGGCGCAGGUCACCAGCAGUUUGCUGCGUUUCCCGGAGGUGACGGUGGACGCUCUGGGGGAGGAUGAGGUCACUCUGGACUCGGUUCUGCACGGGAAGUUCACUGUGGGGCGCAGCGGGCUGGCGUGGCUGGCGUGCGGGCCGCAGUUGGAGGUGGUUCACGGGGUGACGGGGGAGCGGUUGUCGGCGUAUCGGUUCAGCGGUGUGACGGAGCACCCCCCCUGCGUGCUGGCGGUGAGGGAUUUCGGCUGGCUGAAGCGCAGCGGGCUGCUGCUGGGGCUGGAGGAGGACGAGGGCAGCAUGCUGUGUCUGUAUGAUCUGGGUAUCUCCCGCGUGGUGAAGGCCGUGGUGAUGCCCGGCAGGAUCACGGCGAUCGAGCCGCUGGUGAGUUAUGGAGGAGCGAGUACGAGUACACAGCAUCUCCACCAGAGCCUGCGCUGGUUCUUCGGCGUCGUCGCCGUGGUGACGGAUAUCGGCCACGUCCUGCUGGUGGAUCUGUGUCUGGAUGAUCUGUCCUGCACCCAGAGCGAACUGGAGGCCUCAGAUCUGGAGGUGGUGAAUAAGACUCCGUCAGAUAUUCCCCGCCUCCGUGAGGGCGUGACUCAGCAGGGCCGGCAUCUCUGCCUCCAGCUCUGCAGCCCCACGGGUACGCCGGCCACGGCCCUGCAGUACAUCCACCGCACCAACCAGCUCGCCGUGGGCUUCUCCGACGGGUACCUGCAGCUGUGGAACAUGAAGACCCUCAAAAAAGAGUAUCACUCACAGCUAGAGGGCGGUAGAGUGCCGGUUUACGCUUUUACGUUCCAGGAGCCGGAGAACGACCCGAGGAACUGCUGCUACCUGUGGGCUGUUCAGUCUGCGCAGGAUCAGGAGGGGGACGUGGUGAGUCUGCACUUGCUGCAGUUGGCGUUUGGGGAGAGGAAGUGUUUGAGUUCUGGGAAGAUUCUGUACGAGGGUCUGGAGUACUGUGAGGAACGCUACAGUCAGGAUCUGAACGGUACGGCGUUUCCUCUCCGAGCUCAGGCCUCCAACACCCGUCUGCUCAGCUGCCAAACCAUCGAGAAGUUCCGGCACCAUCCGGACCGAGACGACAGCAUGAGCGACGCGGCAUCUCCAGACACCAGCGUGUCCGUCUUCACCUGGCAGGUAAAAUCCUACGGGCAGGGUCAGCCCUCCACCUUCAUAGGAAUCUUUGAUAUUAACAGAUGGUACCACGCCCAGAUGCCCGACUCGCUGAGGGCGGGCGAGUCUCUGAGGACCUGUCCGUACCUGGCCGUGUGGUCUCUGGACUCGGUGGUGGAGAUGACCGCGCCCUGCCCCCUGCUGGACGUGGUGGUGCACGAGCGCAGCCUGAGCCGAGGACUGCCCUACACCUGCCCCCCACCUGAGCAGUUCUUCAACCCCACCACCUACAACUUCGACGCCAGCUGUCUGCUGAACAGUGGGAUAGUGCACCUGAGCUGCUCGGGGUAUCAGAAGGAGACUCUGAGUUUCCUGAAGAAAGCUGUUCCUGGUCUGAGUGAUGGUAUCUCUAACGGGUACUCCCGCUGCCUGAUGUCCGGCCUGCUGCCCCCCCGCCUGACCGACGUCCAGCCCUCCAGCCUAUCACAGGAGGAGCAGCUGGAUGCGAUCCUGAUGACGGCGGUGGAGACGAGUUCUCUGGGGCUGAUCACCGGCUGUAUUAAACAGUGGACGACUGAAGAAGUUCCCGGAUCAGCGGAGAAGCUGCGCUACAUCCUGGAGUGGGCGUGGGACAAGGUGGUGCACACCAAGGAGGAGCUGGACACCAUCUGUGCUCCACUGUUCGACAGCUCCUCAAACUUCACAGAUCCUCAAACCAUGAAGCUCCUGCAGCACAGCCAGCGCUUACUGAGCAACCUCAGCACCAUCUUCCACUGCCUACUGAACCAGGCCCAGGAGCUCACCCAGAGAGGUCUGGUUGGGUUGAUGAAUAAGAGCAUGGUGUCCAGUCUGAUCUCUCAGUACGCUCAGGUGGUUCUGUGGUUCUGCCGGACCGGUCUUCUCCCCGAGAGCUCAGAUGAUGAUUUGCUGCAGAUUUCCAGACCGUUUUACAGUUUCUCUGUUAUUAAGAAUUACUACACCGGACAGAGGGAGGAGCUUCAGAGACUGGCCAAGGAUAAGUGGAGUGCAGACUGCCUGAUGAUUGACGGGUUGGUGGCCCAGUGUGGAGACCGUGUCUCAGAGCUGUGGAGGCGGGACGAGGGCGGGAACGGGCAGUACCCGCCCCCUUCACUACAUGCUUUGCUGGAUCUGUAUCUGCUGGAGAACAUCGAGGAAUCUGUUAAACACGCCAUCGUGAUUUACCUGCUGCUGGAUGUGAUGUACUCCUUUCCUAAUAAGAGUGGAGCGUCAGUGGAGUCCUUCCCCACCGCCUUCGCCAUCCCCAUCGGCCUGGUGAAGCUGGUGCAGGGCCUGUGGCUGCUGGAUCACCACGACCACGAGAACUCUCUGGAGCUGUUGCUCCACCCCUCCACCAGUCAGUCGGUGUGGGCGUGGCAGCACGGGCGGGUGCUGCAGGCUCUGAUGUGUCAGGGGAAGCACAGCAUCGCGCUGCGUUACCUGCACGUCAUGAAGCCCUCCGUCAACUCCACCAAUCAGACCAAGCUCUGCCUCUCAGUGCUGCUACACAACAGGUGUAUGGUGGAGGCGUGGGCGAUGCUAAGGCAGCAUGCUAAUAAGCUGAAUCUGGAGGAGCUGCUGAGGUUUCUGUAUGAGACGUGUCAGGAGCUCGACCUGAUGAAGGAUCUGCUCAAGCUUCCCCUCGGACCCCUGGAGCAGGAAUGUUUGGAGAGGUUUCUGCAGAGUACAGGUGGGUUUCAGAACCGGGAGCUGUUGAUGGUUCACUACCUCCAGCAGGCCAACUACGUUCCAGCCCUGCAGAUCAACCAGACCCUGAAGGUGAACCUGGCGGCUGAUCGAGAUCCUAAGAUGAAGGAGAGAUCGAACACCAGGAACUCCAUCCUGAAUCAGUACGGGAAGGUUCUGCCCAGAGCUCAGAGAAAACUCGCCAUCGAGAGAUCCAAACCCUACCAGCACCCCACCACCAUCCUCAGAGAAGUCUCCAGGCCUCAGCCGUUAUCAGCUGUAGCUAAAAGAUCUGCUACAGAGAGCGUUCUGACCCGAGCCGCCUUCAUCAAAAACGUCCUCACCAAGAUUGAGGAGGUGUGGGUGGGGAAAGAUGCCACGCCCGAACCCUCUCCUCACAAGAGCCCCAGAGAACCGGAGGUUCUGGUUCCGACUCCUCCCACCCUGCAGCACGUCCCCGAGGCCUUCGUGGGAACACCAAUAAACAUGCUCACCAAGAGAAUGUCCCGGCUGUUUGAUCUGGUGGUGCAGCCGUGUUCUCAGGCCUCUCCUGAAGCGUCUCAGGUUUUGGGAACUCCUCCCAGAUCCAUCUCCUCGUGGGCGGCGCCCAAAAGCAUCACUAAAGCUCCUGAGCUGAGUCUGCUGCAGACCCCGCAGGUAGUGAAGAGAGCUCGGGCUCUGGCUGCUGCAGCUCCAGUCUUCUCCUCCUUCACCCCCCAGUCCAUCUUGAGGAGCAGCCUGAGACCCACCCCCGUGGCCACGCCCUCCGCCUCACCCGGCCGCUCCGUCACCCCCCCACUGCGCUCUAAAGAGAGCCGCAUCACCUUCAUGGAGAAAACAGCGUCUCCAGAGCUGCCCAAGAGCUCCGUCCGCUGGAGUAACGGGCUCUCUGCAGCAGACGGUGAAAUGAUCCGGCUGAAGAAACUCUCCAGUCCACCAGAGGGCGGCGUUGAGGCGUGGAGUGAGCACUCCGGAGAAGACGAGGUUGAUGCUAAAGACGGUUCUUUUGCAGAGCGAGAGAAACCGAAGGAGGAGGUGGAGGAGGCGGAGUCACAUGGAGGCUUACUAGCCCCGCCCACACUGCUGGGAAGACCCAGCCUGGGCCUCGAGACCAGCGGGACCUCCAUCCAAUCAGACACCACCCUGGAGUUCCACGACGCCCCCUCGCCCGGAGACGUGGACCGCAGGACGCUGCAGCGCCAUGCGGUGGAGGCGGUGGAGAACAGCGUGGACGAGGAGGUGGUGGUUAAACUGGCGGAGGAGACUGCAGAACCGGCACACACCUCCUCAACUGAGGGUGGCACCACAGAGGAGCUACCUGCUGAGUCUCCAGCUGUAGAAGAGGCGGAGCUUAAGGACAAACAUGAAGUGAUUGGUGAGGGAGAGGAACCAAAUCUAGAACCUGAAGUCGUUACACCUGAGGAACCUCUAGUGACCGAGGAAUUUCAACCAGCACCACAAGAACCAAUCACAGAACCUUCUGUCGAGGCUGAGGAGCCAAUCAGUGAGCCUCCAGGCAUAACGCUAAUCGAGGACUCUGUUCCUGCCCCUCCAGAAGAACAGCCAAUCGUUGAAGCGUCUAUCAUGGAAACCGAACCAAUCAAUGAGAGCCCUGCUGUUGAACCGUCAAUCAUGCCUGAACAGCCAAUCAAUGAGUCUACUGUUAACCAUGAGCUGUCUGGAGAAGGCCACACCCCCCAGGAUGAGGUGAAGAAUGAAGCUGAGGCCAUGGAGACGUCAGAUGUGGAUGAGUAUGUGGAGCGUCAUCUGUUCGGUAGUGAUCUGUCUCCACCGCUGACUCGAUCCGGCAUUAAAGAGUCCUCAGAUACCUGGACGUCCUUCAACAGUGAGCCGGGUAAUGAUGGGAAGGAGGCGGAGCUUGUGGUCAGCGAUGCCGUGGAUGCUGCAGCUACUGAUGCUCAAAAAUCUGUAUCCUCCUCUGAAGCUGCAACAUCAGAAUCCAGAUCGGUGGUCAGCCUGAACGACAGUGAGGAACUGUCCAGCGUAGAGUCUGAGGAGGAGGAGGAGGAGGAGGAGGAGGAAGACUCAGGAAGUGAGGUGGAGAUAAUAGAGGAAGUUAAAGGAAGACCACACCCACCUGCACCCGCUCUUUUCCUGGAGGAGCUUCCUCCUGAUGAGCAGUUCCUGCAGGAGCAGGAAGCCACUGUGCUCUCACUGGUCGAUCCGGACGCUCAGCUGAAGAUGAUGGAUGGAGUUAUGGAAGAGGAGGAUGAAGAGGAAGGAGAGGUGGUGAUGGUGGGAUUAGAACCUGCAGAUCUGGUUGAAGACGCUGAUGGUCAGGUUUGUUACACUGAACUGAAACCAUCCACCACCCUGCUGGUUCCUCUGGAGCUCGCCCCGGAGCACCAGGACCUUCUGGAUGGAGGAGCUCUGCAGGACGUGGCUGAGGGCGAGCAGGAGGAGGAGCUUCCUGGGGGCUCCAAAACCUUCUCUCUGGUUCUGGACGCUGGAGAUGACGAGGAAGAACCUGUUCCAGUUCCUGCGGAAUUAGACCCCAAUAACCAUUUAGUUCUCCAGCAGGAAGAUGAGCUGAUUUACGAUCUGGCGAGCCGGCCAGGAGCUGACCCUGAGGUUCUGUGUUUACUGGAAGAACCUGAGCAACAGCUUGUUGAUCACGCUGAAGAAAUGGAGGACGAACCCUCGGUGAAGGUUCAUGAACCUGAUGUGUUGAGUACUUUAAGCGCUCCAGAUGUUGAGGAACAACCUAAGAAACUUGAGGAACAACCAGAGGAAAAGAGGACUGAAGAAACUGAAAUGAUUGAAGUGCCGAUGGUGGAAUCGGCUCCUGCUGAAGAGUUACUGGCUCAUUCGCACCUAAACGAAGGGCAGGAGAAUGGCGAUUUUGCAGAAUCUGAGUCAACAAAAGUGGACGAACCGUCUGAAGAGAUGGUAGAACCCAGUUCACUCACUAUUACAACACCUACGGAGGUCCAUCAAGAAGAUGUCUCCACUGAAGACCAUGCAUCUGAUACCAGCAAGCUCAAAGACUCAAAGGAAUCAUCUCCCAAGACUGUCGAACCCAUGGAAGCUUCCAAAACCGCAGAGGAACAUCCUGAGCCUCCUUCAGAGGUUGAGACGAACAAGGAAGAACCUGUCGAAACCAUUAAAGAGGUGCAGAAAAGCCCAUCAAGAAGAGGCAGGAAAACAGUUACGUUUCCGUUACCCGUCACCGAAUCAGAGAAAGACCUUUCCGAAGAAGAUUCCAAGGUGCCUUCUACGCCAAGACGUGUCACCAGGAGCGGCAAGCAGCUGCAAGACUCUCAAGUCCCGGUUACGCCGAGGAGAAGCGCGAGAAAAGCCGAACCUGAGCUUCCAAUCGAUGGAGAUUUGGAGGUGCCUUCAACAAGAGCAUCCAAGCCUUCCUCGCCGAGCAGAACCCCACAGAAAGGCACGCCCAGGAAAGGCACCCGCAGAACCAGGAGCACGAAUGUGGAAAGCGAUGAGGACAACCAGCCAAUGGAGGACCUGCUCAACAACAGCAGAAACAGCAACACGACUGCACCACAGGUUCGACAGAGUGCCCGGAAGUCUCAAAAGGCUUUCGUUGAUGUCCCUGAGCCAGUUCCUGAAGUUCCUGAGGUUCCUGAACUUUCUGAAAGUGCAGAGGUUGCUAUUCCCGUUCCCAAUGAGAAAGCACCAGAGCAACCACCUAAAACUCCUGCAAGUCCCAGCAGAGUCACCCGCAAGUCGACUCGAGGGUUAAGCCUUGCUCUCGACAGUUUCCAGAAGGAUCUGCCAGAAGAUACAGUCGCUCCAAACCAGUCAGUGGUCACUCCGCCAAGAAGCCGAAGAAAGAGCAGGGCGGCAACCGCGGAGAAGACCAGCAACGUCACGUUCACGGUGGACGAAGCUCCGCUCCAGAGCGCCUCCCGACGCCUGACCAGGAGUCAGAUUUGGUCUCACGAGGACGAGCAAAAGAAGGAAGAGGAGAAUUUGGUUCUGGAAAAUGCAGAAUCCGUGAAUCCUCUCGCCAAUGCCUUGAUGGAGAGACUGAAAGAGGAAGGAGCCGAAGAAAAAGAAGGCGGAGCCGCCGCCGUUACGGAAAUCGUACGUGCUCGGAGGAGAACCACCAGAUCCACAGCGCCCCCUACAGUUACCGAGAGUCAGAACGAAGAUGUGCUUGGUUCCGUUGAGGAGGAGAUAUCUAAUGAGGUUCAGGAAACGCAGAAAAAGCCGAGCGCUCGACGAACGCGGGCAAGCAGAGCGCCUGAACCUGAACCCAAACCCGAUUCAUCGCCUGUUAGAGAGUCCGGCGCUGCUUCUUCAUCCGUCCUGCUCAGAACCAGAGGAGGAAAGAAGAAGGAUACGGUAAAGCCGGAGAUCAGCGUAUCCGACCUCCUGCUGUCGCCCCCGGCGACCCGAACCCGCCGAGCCGCCGCCACCAGCACAAGCACCGCCGCCGCCGAGGACCUGCAGCCAGAGAAUAAUGACCUGGAGAUGCAGGAGGAGGAGAUCAAACCCAAGAAGAAGAGAACGACCAGGACGAAAGCGGCUCCAGAACCGGUUCCUCCGGUGGAGGUGGACCUCGUAUCUCCGCUGGCCAGCCCAGCCGACCCGCCGGCCCGGACCCGCCGCCGGCCCGAGGAGAAGGAGGAGGCGGUGCCUAAGAUGAAUCUGCGCCGCAAACGCGUGAUGGAGGCCAUUUUCCCCAAACCGGUGACCCGCAGGAAGAAGCUCUGACCGGCCAAUCACAGCACAGCUCGUUAACUGGACUUGGCUCUCCGUACUGGAGCUCCGCCCCCUUUCCCCUUUAUCCUUCGCUCUUUGAUUUCUUUCUCGUUUUGUUUGGUUUUUCCCCUUUUCCCGGAACUUUGCUGCCUGCUGUUUUCUAAUCAAGACGUUUUUGAAAUAAAUAAAUAAAUAAAUCAAAUUUGGUAGGUGUGAAAUAAUUUUAUAUAAAUUAUUGUAAUGUUUACAGUACGGAGCUCUGAGGGACUUCAACCAAAAAAAAGAGAGAUGUCUUAGUUUUUAAAGCUUCUACCUUUCUACAGAUCUACCCAAAUGUAAAUAUUCUUUUAGGUAUGCUAUAAAUAAAAUUUGAUAUUUGUGAAUAAUUAAUUUUCUACUCCUGGUUAUUUUAUUAUUAUAUGUAUUUUUGUAAAAGCGUGGAAUCUGAUCUGAGCUGUGAUUGGUUGAGCUGUCUGGGUAACAGUGGGGGAGGUGCUUUGAUUGAUUAAGGGGAAGUGUGGAAGUUUGAUCACAUUGGGUGUGAGAUAUUAAUAAAACGAGCAUCACGUUUUCUGUUUUUUUUUUUCUGUUUAUUAAUAAAGUGAAUUAAUUCAGAUUGUGUGAACACUAGUAGGACUGUAUGUUGUGGAAUCAGGCUGAUCCAGCUGCUGCUUCAGAUCAUGUUUCAGGUUCUGUUUUGCUUUAACUGCUGUGUCGUGAAUAAAAUUGGCAGUUUAGAGUC